ACAGGUGACGCAAUCUCUAUUGCAAUCCACACUGCCGUCACCCACCUGGAUGAAAGGAAUACCUAUGUAAGAAUUAUGUUCAUAGACGACAGCUCAGCACUCAACACCCAUUGUCCCUUCCAAGCUCAGGACUCUGGGACGGAAGCCAUCCCUUUGCAACCGGAUUCUGGAAUUCCGACGGGCCACCCCUAGGUGGUGAAGGUAGGCGGCAACACAUCUGCCAUGCUGACCAUCAACAUGCGGGCCCCUCAGGAGUGUGUGCUUAGUCCCCUCCUGUAUUCCCUGUUUGCCCACAACUGACUGCAUGGCUGACGACACGACAAUGAUAAGACUGAUCACCAAAGACGAUGAGGUAGCUUAUAGGGAGGUGGUCAGAGACCUGGCAGUGUGGUGCCAAGAUAACAACCUCUCCCACAAUGCCAGCAAGAUAAAGGAGCUGAUCAUGGACUACAGGAAACCACAUCGAUAGGGAUGUAAUGGAGCAUAUCAAGACCAAGUGUCCACAUCACUAAGAAUUUAACAUGGUCCACACAAACCCAAACAAUUGUGAGGGUACGACAGCACGUCUGAGAAAGAAGGCUGAAAAGAUGUGGCAUGGGCCCUCAGAUCUUCAAAGUUCUACAGCUGCACCAUUGAGUCCAGCAAAACCAUGAACCUUUGUUCCAAAUGUUUUACGGACAUUGAGAAGAAGCAGCCAGGCGAGGACUGUGCCCCAGAGCCUGCCCCCAGCUCAUGCAGCUCAAGCAUCAGCCAGUCAGUCAUCUUUUAUAGCGAAUCAAGCAGCAGCAGUAGCCAAUCCCUUUCGUCAGCGCCUGUCAGCUCAGAGGACCCGUUGCCCAGAGACACAAAAGCCACGCCUCUACCUGAACAAGAUGAAGUCUCCAGCACAGACACAGCCCACGGCAUACUGGUAUCCACUCCCACAAAACGGCCCUGCAACUCAGCAUCUGAGUCAGAGAGUGACGCAUCCCCAGAGAAGAGCGCACGGGUGGGCUCCGGUUCUAAGGAGUCGUCAUCUACCAAUGGGGGUCCCAAGCAGAAGGGAAGCCGGCGCUGCCACCAAUGCCAUACCAAACUGGAGCUGGUACAGCAAGAGCUCGGCUCCUGCCGCUGUGGCUAUGUGUUCUGCAUGCUCCACCGGCUGCCCGAGCAGCACAACUGCCUCUUCGACCACCUGGGGCGCGGGCGUGAAGAAGCCGCCCUCAAGAUGGUCAAGCUGGAUCGCAAGGUGGGCCGCUCAUGCCAGCGCAUCGGUGAGGAGUGCACCUGAACCCCCCCCAUCCCCAACCCCGACGAUGAGAGCGAGGAAGAGGAAAGAGACUGCGUCCUAAAUCAUUCAUCUUUAUCCAGAAAUGUGCACUUGUACAGACCCCGUCAUGGAUUUCUUAAAAGUAUAGGAUUGGUGUAAAGCAUUGGUUGCGUUGUUAAAUCAAUGUGAGAAAGUGUGUCAGUGGAGACUUCGGGGAAAGGGUGGCAAAUGGGGACGGAGACAAAUGCUCACUUUAUACUCACUCUUGUCCCCACUGCCACUUUUUGUUGUGACAAUGCUCUUACCUCAAAUAAGCAGACAAAGCACUUCUAGUUUUCGUGCCCUGACAAGGGACUGCUAAAGCCACCUAUCUGUCACUUCCCUGUCUACCAACCUCAUAAUAAAGACCAGAGCCCCCUCAUGUCAUCACUAUCACAGAGUGGGAUGAAGUUACCCCCUAAACAUUGAUCUAAGGUCAGUUUUUAGUUUAGGUCAACCCACUGAUUAAGGGUAUGAUGCAAGGGAGGUUAAGCUGAUCUUAGAUCUGUACCUAAGGAGCACCUACCACCCCAAGACAUCCCUCGAAUCCCUCUCCCUCCACUGUUUUGUGAUUUUGACCUAUGACUUUUGAGCGUGUCACACCCACCACUGCUUCUCAGCCUUAACCCCUCCCAUCUCCAGAUCAGGGACAUCCCUGUUCAGAAAAAACUAAAGCCAUCUGCUGCUUAUUGCAACUGUCCCUAUCAUCAUCACCACCACCUCAGGUUGUGGGAGAAUCCAAUGAGAGGGGUUUACAGGGGGAGAGGCCUGACCUGCCUGCUGCUGUUGACACAGCAGCCAUUUUCUGUAUCUUGGGAGAGAGAACUUCCUUUCUAGACAACAGACACCGAUCGUCCCCUAGUUAGUGGGGUUGGAUUAAAAAUGGAACAGUCUGUCUGUCAGGGAUUUAAUCCAUCUCCCCGAGUGUGUUUCAGUCGCUAUGGAGACGGAUAACACACCCCUUGAGAUUUCCUUUGGCCAUGAUGUUCAUGCUACUACGGGUGCUGGCCAAGGAUAAACUUCUAAGAUGGACACAAAAGCAAAGAGCUGUCACGAGACCUCUAUAUGUGCCUCUAUCGGAAUCUGGUUCUCCCUGCGCACAAACAUACACAAACACUCUUACAUACAGUUCAGCCCACAUGCGCAGAGCACAAGGACAGCUAAGAAAAAUGAAGUGGUACACAUUGGACUGUGCUGAAUUUGUGGAGAACCUUUUGACAAAGUUCUUCAGUGGGACGCUCAUGGUUGUUCAGGUUUUGCUCGAUAUAACCCAUAAUAUCAUAGCCAUGGACUUAAUUUCCCAUUAGCCCCCACUGUUUGAAAUGUUUCUGCGACGCCUCUGUCUCUCGAUGCCAUCCCCGACCCCUCGGUGGGAUUCUAACUCCCUCUUUCUUUCACAGAUUCUCUUCUUCCUGCCCUUGCCCGUCGCACACCACUGUCUUUCUCCUUUCACUCUCUCCAUUCCAUUUCCAGACAGCAUGUCUUGCUCUCACCCACCUUACUCUCCAUUAAUCCUUCCCUCUUUCAUUCUCAUUUCUCCACAGUAUUGAUUUUCUCACUUGCUUGCUCUCUCUCUCUCUCUCUCUCUCUCUCUCUCUCUCUCUCUCUCUCUCUCUCUCUCUCUCUCUCUCUCUCUCUCUCUCUCUCUCUCUCUCUCUCUCUCUCUCUCUCUCUCUCUCUCUCUCUCUCUCUCUCUCUCUCUCUCUCGCACACACACACACACACGCACACGCGCACACGAGUGCACACGCGCGCGCGUACACACCUCUUCUUGCCAAAGAGCGAACACUGAGUGAGAGGUUGGGGCCUGGCCAUAGGUGGGGCUGUGGGGCUACAAGCAGAGCGGGGAGGAAAAAUGUAAUAGAAAUUGAAUUGUCGUAAAAUAAUAUUGUGUAUCUGAAAGAAAACCCCUUAUUUAACCCUCUUUGUUUUUUUGAAUGUUAUUUUACUUACGCAUUAGCAUAGUGCUGCAUUUUUUGUUUGACAUUUGAAGAAAAAAUGGAUAAGAGAAUUCUGUAGCCUUUGUUUUCUUUUGUUCCCUUUUGUUGCUAAAAAAUAAAGUAAUAAACUGGAUGAGAGGA